AUGAGGCUAAUCUCCACCACCACUUCGUUGCUUCUAUUGCUAGCCCCGCACAGAAUACUCGCGGACAACACUGCCAGUGGGAGUGGCACGUCGACAGAGAUUCCAUCCACGGCUGCACCCACAGCGACAGAAUCAAGCACACAGGAAUCACAAACUCCACAACUAAAGCCCCUCAUCACCCGUGCAAACGUCCUCCUCUCCGCUGGCCAGUUCGCAGACGCCGCCCGGACAUACAGCGAGGCCCUCGAACUCGCACCAAAUGACUAUCUUCUCUACUUUAAACGCGCGACGGCGUACUUGUCCUCGAAUCGCCAUGCACCCGCGCUGGAAGACUUUGACACCGUGUUGAGACUGACAGACGGCAACUUUGACGGCGCGGUGAUUGCAAAGGCAAAGAUUUAUGCAAAGGAGGGACGAUGGACAGAGAGCAAGGCCGCGUUGGUCGACUAUUCCAAGCGUGUGCCAGGCGACAAGUCGGCCCAAGACUUGAUGUUUGCCGUGAAUGAUAGCGAAAUCGCCACCAAAAAGGCUGCGUCGGCGCAAAAGGCUGGCAAGUGGGAAGCCUGUAUCGAAUCCGCUACCCUCGCACUCCAAACCGCUGUUUAUUCAUCCAGUCUUCGUCAACAACGCGCAGACUGUGCUCUGGCAGCUGGCGACGUCGAACAGGCUAUCGCCGACAUGACACGCCUGACGCAUCUCGGAAUCACCUCUACGCCCCUCCUCUUGCGCAUCUCUGCCCUCUCCUACUUCCUCAGCCCAGCGUCUCCACAGGGUCUCGCAACUCUUAAACAAUGCCUACACUAUGAUCCAGACUCGAAACCAUGCAAAGCGGCGCACCGCCAGCUCAAGGCGUUGGACAAGCAGUUUAAACAACUCGAAGACGCAGGGGAGGAUUGGCGCAAGAUUGUCAAGAUUGUCACCCAAGAGAAUACGGGUCUCGCCGCCAAAUUCGAUCAGGUGAUGAAUGACAUCUUAAAGACGGUUGAACCGCCUCUACCGACGUCUAUCCACCCGUCGAAAUCGAGCCAACGUCGUGCGCAAAUCUGGCGCGCGGCGUGUAAAGCCUAUGUCCAAUUAAACGACGUCCGCAAGGGCGAGAAAUGGUGCGCAGAGGUACUGCGCAUGGACCCUGAGGACGUGGAUGGACUGGUCGGAUCUGGGGAAGCGGCGAUUAAGAAUGAAGAGUGGGAAGAGGCAGUACGGUUGUUUGACCGUGCGUUUAACGCGUCGGGGAAGUCGAGCCAUGAUAUCCAUGGACGACUACAACGGGCGCAGAGGCUGUUGAAGCAGGCGAAGAAGAAGGAUUACUACAAGGUCCUUGGUGUUGGACGUGAUGCGGAUCCCAAGACGAUUAAAAAGGCGUAUCGAAAGGCGGCGAUGAAUGCCCACCCUGACAAGGGGGGUAACGAGGCGAAGAUGGCGGCUGUCAACGAGGCGUACGAGGUCCUUUCGAAUCCGGAAUUGAAGCAGCGCUAUGAUAACGGCGACGACCCGAACGACCCCGAGUCGCAGCAUGGUGGACAUCCGUUCCAGGGCCAGCCAUUCUUCUUUAACCAAGGAGGACGCGAGUUUAGAAACGGGUUCCCUGGCGGUGGAUUCGCCGGUGGGUUCCCCGGUGGAGGCAACUUCGAGUUCAAGUUUUAG